AUGGAGAGACAGGGAGGCGAGGCGACGCGGAGCGGCUCCGGCGAGCGGCGUCCGACGAUGAGGUCGGGGCGGGGAGGCCCUUCCGGAUCUAGGAACGGGGAGGAGGAUGGGGCCGCGAUAAGGACGACGACGACGGGGCAGCGCCAGGCGGCAUCGGCGAGGCACGCUGUGUAUCUGUGGAUCUCAACAGACGGCGGCGGCGGCUACGGAGGUGGCGGUGGGGGCUCGGGAGGUGGUGGCGGCUAUGGAGGAGGUGGCAGCGGCGGCGGGGGUGGCUAUGGAGGAGGCGGCGGCGGCGGUGGCUACGGAGGAGGAGGCGGCGGUUACACACCGACGCCAACACCGUCGACCCCCAGCCACAGCGGAUCCUGCGACUACUGGAAGGGCCACCCGGAGAAGAUCAUCGACUGCAUCGGCAGCCUGGGCAGCAUCCUGGGCUCCCUCGGCGAGGUGUGCCACGCCUUCUUCGGCAGCAAGAUCCACACCCUGCAGGACGCGCUGUGCAACACCCGGACCGACUGCUACGGCGACCUGCUGCGCGAGGGCGCCGCCGCCUACAUCAACGCCAUCGCCGCCAAGAAGGAGAAGUUCGCCUACACCGCCUACCAGGUCAAGGAGUGCGUCGCCGUCGGGCUCACCUCCGAGUUCGCCGCCGCCGCGCAGGCCGCCAUGUUGAAGAAGGCCAACUACGCCUGCCACUACUAG